AUGUCUGGGGAGAUUGUCGAUGAUCCGAUGGAUGUACAGCGAGAAAAUGCUGGGGUAAGUGAACUGUGUUUCUUCUGAUUCUAGUCUUCGAAUGAGUUAUUUACAGGUUGAUAUGGAUACCGCUCAGAAUGAUGAUUCUCAACAACUUGAUGAUAUGGUUUUAUUAGAAGAAAGAAGUGUAACACCAGUUGCAGAAACAGUUAAAAAUCAAGAAAGUUUGGGAGGUUGUGGAAAUGCAGAUAGAAGAGAUGAAGAUAUUUCGCAUGUUUAUGAUUUGCAAGUAAACACAGAAGCAGUAGAUAUUGAAACAAUUCUAGCAAACUAUGGAUCGAUAGCAUUACAAUUACGUCUUGAAUUCCUUAUCGAUCAUUGUCCACCAAUUCGUCGUGAAGCUAUUCUAGCAUUGAUUGAUUAUAUUCGAGAUGAAACACAGAAUAUUUCAAAAUACACUCAACUUUUCAAAGAUCUUGAAGACGAUGAUGCUUCCAAACAAGGUAAAGGAAAAUCGAAUGCUCUACCAAUGCCAAAAUUUGAUAGCAAAUGGAUUGAUGAAACAUCGCUUAUUUUAUCAUCAAGAUUUGAUGGAUUACAAGGAGAAUAUAAACGACAAAAAGAUGAAGGAGUUAAAGAAUCAACUAGAAGAGCAAUGGAAGAAUUAUUUCAACAUUAUAUGAAAGCUGGACAAUUUGAAGAUUGUUUGAGAUUGUAUGCAAGAGGAAUUAGAGAUUAUUGCACUCAAUUCAAACAUUCAAUUAAUGUAAGUUUAUUUGUGAGAAUAAAAACGGGGAUUCAUUUGAACAAAUUAUAGAUGUGGACAAAUUGGCUCGAAAUUUCAAUUGUUGUUGGUGAUUAUUCGAAAAUUGAACUAAUGUCUAAUCAAGCUGCUAAAACAAUCAGAGAUGCUGAAAAAGCUGAAAGAGCAAAUUCUUCUUCAUCACAAAGAAAUGAAAAUGCAAUCUUUAUGAUUGAGAGAGAUGCUAUUGUUCACGCAAACAAUCAGCAAUCUAAUAGAAUUUUAGUUGAGUCCGCAUUGGCAAAAGUGCUCGCUGUUCAAGCAAUCAACAAAGUUCGAGCGAAAGAAUUCAAACAGGCGGCUGAAAAAGUAUUGGAAAUUUCGAUGGAUAAUUUGGAAGCGAAAUGGUUUGUAACUCCUGCUGAUUUAGGAAUUUAUGCAUUGUUAUGUUGUUUGGCAACAUUUAGUCGAACAGAAUUGAAGAAAGUUAUGGAAAAGGGAACAUUCAGGUAUGAAUUUUCUAGAAUUGAAUGUAGUUAGUAUGGAUUUCUGAAUAAUGAUUUUUUUUUAGAAAACUUCUUGAAUCGGAACCGCAAUUCUUUGAAAUUCUAACAUCUUACAUUUCAUCAAAUUUUGGAAAAUGUUUUGAACUUCUGACAAGUGUCCAACAACGCCUUCUUCUUGAUCCAUUCAUAUCUCAACAUAUAAACGAAUUAUAUUCAAAAAUUCGACAAAAAUGUGUUGUUCAAUAUUUGAAACCAUAUUCAACAAUCAGAUUAGAUACAAUGUCAAAAUCUUUGGGAUAUACUGUAAAAGAGGUUAGUUUUUCUCGAUUUUUUUGUGUUUAAUAUAUUUAUACGGAGCUCGUAUUUUAGAUUGAAAAAAUCGUAAUUGAAUUGAUUGAAAGUGGUGAAAUUAAUGUGAAAAUUGAUCAAAUGAAUGGAGUUUUGAGAAAUGUUGAUAACACUGAUGAAAAAAGUACGCAGCGAAGGUUAGUUCGAAGAAUUUCAUAUAAAAAUAUGGACUUUUGCUUUUUUAGAGUAUUGGAAGUUUGCAAGGAAACAUUAUAUAAGACGAAUAUUGUACAUUGGAAAUCAAUGUUAACACAAGCGAAUAUUGUUUCAUUCUUUGAAAAAGAACCAAGAGGAAAAAGAAGACCGAAAUAUGCAGAUUCAGGUUAUUAUUUUCUUGAGAAAUAAUGAUUUUUGAACAAAGUGACGUUUAAUGUUUACGACAAGGUUCACGUCUCAUAAUUCAACAAAAAAUUGUUUUGUAUUGUAAUCUUCUGUGAAAAUGUCCAAAAGGAAACCAAAAAUUAUCAGAAUUUGAAAAAUUAUAAAUGUUUGAGAUUUUCUAGGAUCGAGAGACGAUUAUCAAGGAAAUGGAAAUAAGCGUUACACAUGUCCGAAUUUGAAUGAUGAAUCAAUCAAAACAGCAGAUGAGGUUUAUAUUAUUAUUCAUUUUUAUUUUGUAAUUCAUUCCUAUUUUCAGGCUGAUUUUUCACCAUCCACUGAAGCUGAUAAUUUGAUUGUUGAGGAACCGAAUGUUGAAUGA